UCUGUGAAAGAGACGCACAAAGCUCUCUUGCUUGCAUGUAAGUAGAAUAUACCUCAUUAAAUAUACACGAGGCCACUUUGGUUCCAGUUAGUGCGCCUGAGACCAGUAAACGCUGACGUGCUUGCUUUAAGGCUUGGCCCAGACUUACUCCAGACUCCCGACUCAAUUCCUCCAGCUAACUCAGCAACUGCGAGUGGGUGUGGACAAGAUGCAGCACCGACACACACAUCCUGUUGUGGUCCUGUGAAGGACACCCACCUCAGCGCCUCUCUCAAUGGAGCACACACUCCUCUGGGACCGUCUCGACCAUUCCCAAUCCCGUUCGGUGUUCCGGCUGACCGUCUGCCUCGGAAUCUGGGCUGGUGCCAAUGGCGUCGUUCAGGGCCAACGUGCGGCUGCAGGUGGACGAGAACCUCCAGUCGAUGCUCGGCGGGACGGUAAUGAGGAAGGUGAAGUCUCGGAGCUGGAAGCGGCAGCGUUACUUCAAGCUGCAGGAGGACUGCAUGAGCAUCUGGUACCAGUCCAAGAAAUCUGGCAAUCCCAAGAGCAGCUUCUCCAUCAGUGACAUCGAAGCGGUGCGCGAGGGUCACCAGUCCGAGGUUCUGCAGAGUAUCGCGGAGGAGUUUGCCCCUGACCGAUGCUUCACGCUCGUCUUCCGGGGGCGCAGGGGCAAUCUGGACCUGGUGGCUGAUUCAGCGCGCGAGGCGGGUCACUGGAUCCAGGGGCUACGCAAACUCAUUGACAACGUCAAAAAUAUGGACCAAAAGGAAAAGCUCGACCAGUGGAUCAGUGACUGGUUCCAGAAAGCAGACAAGGACAAGGACGGCCGGAUGAACUUUAAGGAGGUGCGAGACUUACUGAAGAUGAUGAACGUCGACAUGAAUGAAGAUCACUCCUUGAGGCUUUUUAAGAUGGCGGACAAGUCUCAGUCGGGAACGCUGGAGGGGGAGGAGUUUGUCUUGUUCUACAAAGCACUGACAAAGCGAGAUGAUGUUCACCGGCUCUUCAACGAGUUCUCCAAGGACAGGAAGAAGCUGACGCUGCUGGAGUUUGUGGACUUCCUCACACACGAGCAGCACGAGCCCACAGAAGAUGUCGAGAGGUUUGCCAUGGACCUGAUCACCAGAUACGAGCCCUCAGAGACAGCCAGGAAGUUGUAUGCCCUGACCUUGGACGGAUUCCUCAUGUAUCUCUGCUCUCCGGAAGGUUCUAUCUUCAAUCUGAAACAUGAGCCGGUCCACCAGGACAUGUCCCAGCCCCUCUGCCACUACUUCAUCUCUUCCUCCCACAACACCUACCUGCUGGAGGACCAGCUGCGGGGACACAGUAGUGUCGAAGGUUACAUCAGAGCUCUGAAGAAGGGCUGUCGCUGUGUGGAGGUGGACUGCUGGGACGGUCCCAACCAGGAGCCGGUGGUCUACCACGGGCACACACUCACCUCAAAGAUCUUCUUCAAGGAUGUCAUCUCCGUGGUGGACAAGUAUGCCUUCAAGACCUCGGAGUUCCCGGUCAUCCUCUCCAUCGAGAACCACUGCAGCCUCGAGCAGCAGACCGUCAUGGCGCAUCACCUGAGGACCAUCCUGGGGGACAAGCUGCUGACAAGCACCAUCGACGGGCGAAUCCCCAACAGUCACCCCUCUCCAGAGGAGCUGCGGUGGAAGGUUCUAGUGAAGGGGAAGCGGAUCGGAAGGCUGGAGGACUCCCUGAAUGGGCUAGGGCACAACCACUACACCGGCGAGGUGACCGACGAAGACGAGGCGGCUGAGAUGGAGGACGAGAACAUCAGGAGUGAAGUUAGGAGGAGAGGGAAGGGCUCCAAGCAGCAUCUUGCCAGGGAGCUGUCCGACUGUGUCAUUUACUGCAAGAGCGUCCACUUCCACAGCUUCAGGCACUCGGCGCAGCACUACAAGUUCUACGAGAUGUCCUCCUUCACCGAGUCGAAGGCCAGGAAACAAAUCCGGACCAAUGAAUUUGUUCGGCACAACGCCUGGCAGCUGACCCGGGUGUAUCCCAGCGGCUUCCGAACCGACUCCUCCAACUUCAACCCACAGGAGAUGUGGAACGCCGGAUGCCAAAUCGUCGCUUUGAACUUCCAGUCCGCCGGGGAGGAGAUGGACCUGAAUGACGGCCUCUUCACCCCCAAUGGCCGCUGUGGCUUCGUGCUGAAACCAGCCUUCAUGAGGUCACUGGAGUCCACCUUCGACCCUGACCACCCCAAGGAGACCGCUGGUUACCGACCGCUCAACCUCACCAUCCAGGUGAUCAGUGGCCAGCAGUUGCCCAAAGUGGCCAACAGUAAGCAGGGUUCGAUCGUGGAUCCACUGGUCAGGGUGGAGAUACACGGAGUGCCCAUGGACAACGGGAAACAGGAGACCAAGUAUAUCGACAAUAACGGAUUUAACCCCGUGUGGUACGAGACGCUCAGUUUCAUCGUUCACGUCCCGGACCUAGCCCUCGUGCGGUUUCUGGUCGAGGAUUACGACUUGACCUCGAAGAACGACUUUGUGGGGCAGUACACGUUACCGCUCACCGCCAUGAAGGAAGGAUACCGACACAUCCACCUGCUCUCCAAGGACGGCACUGGGAUCACACCUGCCUCGCUCUUCGUUCAUGUCAGCAUCACUGAGGCCGCUGGGAGAUAGUGGGGGGGCUACACUGACCCCCCCCCAGUGAGGCCACCGCCAUGUGUACAUUAUUUUUAUAUAUUUUACUGUAAUUUAUAGCUUCGCUGUGGUACG